UCCUUCUUAUUACUACCUUCACAACACUGCCUUCUCCUUCAACUCCAUUCUCUUAGAACUCCAACACCAACACUAGUACACAGACCCAAUCUGAAUUUCUAUCCUUUCUUCCACGUAGAGAGAGAGAAAGCUGUAAAGUUUAGAGUGAGAAACAGAGAUAUCCAGAGGUGGUUAAUACAAGUUUGAGAAUGUCACAGUUUAAGGACCCGGCUAUUAAUAUCAAGCUAUUCGGAAAGACGAUUAAUUUGCCGUCGAACCAGGAGCUUGCUUCCCGAAAUGGCCAAUCGUUUGCGUCUGCCUCCUUCGUUGACUCUGAUAUGGCUGCUUUCGGUGCCAGUGAGAGCUCUCCUGAUCACAACCUCCGUCUUUCUUCUUCUUCCUCCUCCUCUUCAUCUUCGAAUAUUGCUACUUCGCCAAAAGACGAGUCCACUGUAGACCUAGACAAGGAAACUUCAGGAACAGAACUGGCCUCAGAGAAAGACAAUAACUCGUAUCAAGUUGCAGAAGACUUUAAGGAUCCUAUAUCAUUAUCAGCUGUGAAUAGCAAGAACCGUACGUCGCCAUCAGUUGAAGGAGAGAGUUCAUCCUUGAAAUCCUCUAAGAGUACAGAACAGAGUGAUAUAAGUAACUCACAGGAAAAGACUUUAAAAAAGCCAGACAAGAUAAUUCCAUGUCCCCGGUGCAAUAGUAUGGACACCAAAUUCUGUUACUAUAAUAAUUACAAUGUCAACCAGCCCCGUCAUUUUUGUAAGAACUGUCAGAGAUAUUGGACUGCUGGAGGAACCAUGAGGAAUGUGCCUGUGGGCGCCGGGCGCCGCAAGAACAAGAACACUUCCACUUCACACUAUCGUCAUAUAAUAAUGUCGGAUGUCCUCCAAAAAGCUCAAGCUUUUGCUGCGAAUGGUGUACACAACCCUACAUUGGGAAGCAGUGGAACUGUUCUUUCCUUUGGCUCAGAUUCUCCUCUUUGCGAAUCAAUGGCUUCGGCACUGAACCUGGCAGACAGAACAAAAAAUUCUGUUUCAAAGGGGUUUCAUGGACUUGAAAAACGAAUGUUUGUUUCAUCUGGAGGAGGAGCAGAAAAUGGGGAAAACCACUCAAGCGGAUCUUCAGUAACAGCUUCUGCCUCAUCUGAUAAGGGAAGGAAACCAGUGGUUCUUGACUCUCAAGGCUUUUCUCAAGUACCAUGCUUCCCAGGGGCCCCUUGGCAGUAUCCAUGGAAUUCAGCUCAAUGGACAUCGGCAUUGCCUCCUGGCUUUUGCCACUCAGGCUUUCCAGUUUCUUUCUAUCCAGCGCCACCAUAUUGGGGAUCAAAUGUACCUGCGUCCUGGAACGUACCAUGCUUCUCACCAUCAUCUUCUACAACAACCCACUCCUCUGCAGGAACUGUUCCGAAUUCCUCAGCACUUGGUAAACAUUCUAGGGAAGGAGAAAUUCUUAAUCCGACUACUUCGGAAAAAAAAGAUUCCCUUAAAGAGAAUAGUUGUUCAGAAAGAAGUGUUUUGAUACCAAAAACAUUAAGGAUCGACGAUCCCACUGAAGCUGCGAAAAGCUCCAUUUGGGCAACACUUGGAAUUAAUAAUGAAAAGUUCAAUUCUGUCAAUGGGGGACAUCUCUAUAAGGCCUUUCAAUCGAAAGGAAAUGACAAAAAUCAUGUAGUUGAAAUGUCUCCAGUGCUGCAAGCCAAUCCUGCAGCCUUGUCCAGAUCACUCAACUUUCUUGAGAGCACAUAAUUACUGCUGAAUUCAAGUUGUAAAGUGAAAUUGAAUGGUGAAGGAAGGAGUUAAACCUCACUAGACUAUCUUGCUGUUAACAAAAAUUAGGAAGCAUUUUUACCAUAUGGCUAUGUUAUUGUCUUAUUGAUCAACCCCAAUGCAGGAACCAGUUCAAGUACAAUCCAAUCUACGAAAGCACAAGGAGAAGAUUCGAUUCGACCUGGUUUCACCUCGCAGGCGAUCAUUAGCUGUUUCUCUAUAGUUCAUUUAGCCUUUUCUAAAUUUUUUUGCUCCCUCUUUCUACUCCUCCACCCUUUGUAAACCACAUGAACAGGUUUUUUUUUUCUCCUCAGAAUUUCGAUAUGCGAUCAUGUAAAUACCUAUAGAUUAAAUUGUGGAAUAUAUAGAUAAUGAAGUGAGAUGUUUGGAACGACAAAAAUCCAGGAAAUGUUGAAUAAAACUACACUCUUCCCCGUA